CAUCAGCCCAGUGAGCCUUGGUGAAGGCAGCUGGUGGACGGAGAGUGAGCGAGUGAAAGAGAGAAACGUUUUGGAUUGCUACGUCCAGCCGUCUUGACUCUCACUGGAAUAAUCUCAAACCAUCUCUGAACAAAUGGUCUGAAGGACAAAACAUCUUCAAAAUUGGAAACCUGUCUUUGUCCGCGUGUUUGGGAUGAAGCUCCUGUGGGAUGUUCACUUCCUCCUACUCAUCGUCCUCUGCCUGUUUGGAGCCGUCACAUCCCAGGUUAAUCCAGGUGUGUGCCGGUAUCCUCUGGGCAUGUCAGGAGGACAGAUACAGGACGAGGACAUCUCAGCUUCCAGCCAGUGGUCUGAAUCCACGGCUGCUAGAUAUGGCAGGUUGGACUUUGAGGAGGGCGAUGGCGCCUGGUGUCCGGAGAUAACAGUGGAUCCGGACCACCUGAAAGAGUUUCUCCAGAUCGACCUGCGCUCCCUCCACUUCAUCACUCUUGUGGGCACGCAGGGUCGACAUGCAGGAGGCAUCGGUAACGAGUUUGCCCAGAUGUACAAGAUAAAGUACAGCCGUGAUGGAAGCCGCUGGAUCUCAUGGAGAAACAGGCAGGGCAAGCAGGUGAUUGAAGGAAACAGAAACGCCUAUGACAUCGUACUCAAGGACCUUGAGCCGCCAAUUAUUGCCCGAUUUGUUCGCUUUAUGCCUGUAACAGACCACUCCAUGAACGUCUGCAUGAGAGUGGAGCUCUACGGCUGUGAAUGGCUGGAUGGUCUUGUGUCGUACAACGCUCCAGCUGGAGAACAGAUGACUUUGCCUUCUUCCCCUGUUUAUGUUAAUGACUCUGUCUAUGACGGCGCCGUCAUCCACAGUAUGACUGAAGGCUUGGGCCAGCUGACUGAUGGCGUGUGUGGUCUGGAUGAUUUUACACAAAGCCAUGUCUACAAUGUGUGGCCGGGGUAUGACUAUGUGGGUUGGAACAAUGAGAGCUUCCCCAGUGGUUUUGUUGAAAUAAUGUUCGAGUUCGAUCGAAUACGAAAUUUUACCACCAUGAAGGUCCACUGCAACAACAUGUUCUCACGACAUGUCAAGGCCUUCCGUCAGGUGGUGUGUUUUUUUCGCUCUGAGUCGGACUGGGAAGCCACACCCCUUUCUUUCAGCCCUGUGGUGGACGAGAAGAAUCCCAGUGCUCGAUUUGUCACCAUGAACCUGGCCAAUCACAUGGCCAGUGCUAUAAAGUGCCAGUUCUACUUUGCUGAUGCCUGGAUGUUGUUCAGCGAGAUCACCUUUCAGUCAGAUACAGCCAUGUACAACACAACACUGGCUCCACCCAAGACGGGUCUCCCACCGAACUUACCGCCAGAGGAAGACCCCACUCACAAAGUAGAUGACAGCAACACCCGCAUUCUGAUUGGUUGUUUAGUGGCCAUCAUCUUCAUCCUGGUGGCCAUCAUUGUCAUCAUCUUGUGGAGGCAGGUGUGGCAGAAGAUGUUGGAGAAGGCCUCUCGUCGGAUGCUGGAUGAUGAACUAACUGCAAGUUUGUCAAUACAGAGUGAGACAUUCGCCUACAACCACAACCAGUCGAGUACAACCAGUGAGCAGGAGUCUAGUUCCACUUAUGAGCGCAUUUUUCCCCUGGGUCCCGACUACCAGGAGCCAUCACGCCUCAUAUGUAAGCUGCCGGAGUUUGCUCAGAGCUCCGAGGAGCCUGCUUCAACCAGCACUGCAGCUUCUAAAUCCACUACAGCUACUGUGAUCCAAGAUGGCGUCCCUCACUAUGCAGAGGCAGACAUUGUUAACCUGCAGGGCGUGACUGGAAGCAACACUUACGCAAUCCCUGCUCUAACUAUGGACCUUUUGUCAGGGAAGGAUGUCGUAGUGGAAGAGUUCCCCAGAAAGUUGCUCACAUUCAAAGAGAAGCUUGGAGAGGGACAGUUUGGAGAGGUGCACCUGUGUGAGGCAGAGGGAAUGCAGGAGUUCAUGAAUAAAGAGUUUUUAUUUGACAUCCCUGAAGAUCAGCCGGUUUUAGUGGCAGUAAAGAUGCUCCGAUCAGAUGCCAACAAAAAUGCAAGGAAUGACUUCCUGAAAGAAAUAAAGAUCAUGUCCCGUUUGAAGGACCCCAACAUCAUUCGCCUGCUGGCCGUGUGCAUCUACAGCGACCCUCUGUGUAUGAUCACAGAGUACAUGGAGAACGGCGAUCUCAACCAGUUCCUGUCUCGCCAUGAACCUGAGGGACAGCUUGCUCUGCUCAGCAAUGCACCUACAGUCAGUUUUAAUAAUCUGUGCCACAUGGCUGCUCAGAUAGCAUCAGGGAUGAAAUACCUCUCCUCUCUAAAUUUUGUGCAUCGAGACUUGGCCACACGGAACUGCCUGGUGGGAAAAAAAUACACAAUAAAGAUUGCUGAUUUUGGCAUGAGCAGAAACUUGUACAGUGGUGACUAUUACCGCAUUCAGGGCAGAGCGGUGCUACCAAUACGCUGGAUGUCAUGGGAGAGCAUCCUGCUGGGUAAGUUCACCACAGCUAGCGAUGUGUGGGCCUUUGGGGUCACCCUGUGGGAGAUACUAAACUUCUGCAAAGAGCAGCCUUACUCCCAGCUCACUGAUGAGCAGGUGAUAGAAAACACAGGGGAGUUUUUCAGGGACCAGAAAAGACAGAUCUACCUGCCUCAGCCAGUGCUGUGUCCAGACUCUCUCUACAAGAUCAUGCUAAGCUGCUGGAGGAGGAACACAAAGGAACGACCUGGCUUCCAGGAAAUACACAGAGCCCUCUUGGAGAUGCAAGCAUAAGCCUGGGCAUCGAUUCCCUGUCUGCUCAUGUCUGAAAGGAAUGGUGUAUCUUCAAGAAUAGACCAUGAUUCAGACACAAUCCAGGUUUAAGCUAACUUGUUUCCAUAGAGAGACAGGUGUUCAUGAUAUGGGAAACACUGUUUCAUGGACUUAUAUGCUACAAAGAUGAGCUUCCAGGGACUUUGGGUGGGUGUUGGAUCUUUUAUGCAUACAGCUGUAGAAAAACUAUAAUGCUUUAUAAUACACCAACCCCUAAACGUGUUUAAGGUUUGAUUCUUAUGUUUUAAGGAUCAAUGAUAAAUGUAGCAAGUGACAUUUGGCACUUUUUAAAUUGUAUUAUAAUUUUUUUAUUAUUAUUACGUUCAAAUUUUUCACAUUUUUUUUUUUAAUGAAUUGUGCAACAUGGUUGAAAAACUUUCAUUUGGAGGACUGCUUGAAUGUAAAAGAGGCAAAGUGCAGCGACACUUAACCGUCACAUUUCAUCAUUUUUCAAGAAUUUCAUCUCAAAGACCGCAGAUUUCCAACCAGAAAAUAUCAGAGUAACUCCAUCCCUCCUAUCUCCAGUUCCUCUACAGUUUUCCUUUGAUUAUUUGAAGUGUAUAUGACUGUGUAUUUUCAAUAGAUAAGUCUAAAUCUCAAAUAGCAAUAUUUUGUAUUAAUAUUUAUAUGUUUAUAUUUGUUUGCUCUGUUAAUGUUUUGUUGAUAUUCCUGGGGUUUUAUAUGCUUUUAAGAUUUUGUGUUUGAUGAAUCAUGUUUGACCUGAAACAGUUACUUUUUUACUCACAUUUUGAUCUAUAAACUAAACAAAUGGCUCCUGUGUAACUGUGGUUCCAGAUGGGUACGGCUGUGCCUUUAUUGAUUACAAACUUAUGGCAGUAGAAAGCUCACUGACAGCUGAUCAGAUACUGGAAGACCUUAUUAGAAUGAAUUUGUGUGUUUGUAUGUGCUACGUUGGUUCAACUGUAUGUGUCAGUCAGGAUUAAUGAAAACACGCUAUUUAGUAUGUUGUGGGCGAUGAAAUUAAGAAAGCAGAGGAAGUGGAAAUGCUCAGCCUUAAAUAAUUGUGUCAUUAGAACAGUAUGACUACUUCACAUAAGUUUAUAUCAGUUUAUGAAAUCUGUCUACUAAUGAUUCAACUAAGGUACCAAAUUUUUUUUGUCUUAAAAUUACUCUAUGCUUGAUUCUUUCCUCUUAACUUGCAUUAUUCUGUGUACAACUCUCUUAUGGUGCCGUUUUUAUUCCGCAUACACCUUUUUUUUUUAACUUGUUCUGUAGUAUUUGAGGGCUCUUCACUCUUAUCAGAGACCUUUCCCCUACUUUCAUGGUACAUAAAGACACUCUAGUGAGCUAAUGUGGUCGAGUAUUCCUCGUUGUUGUUUUGUUUUCAAGCAAGACAAAUAAUCUGAUAGAGGUCAGUAUUAAUAUCUUUACAAAAUAGAUUGUAAAGACAAGUAGGCUGUCAUUAAAUCUAGAUCUAAUAAAAAAAUACAAUCCUCUCAGUGUUCGAAGGAUCAAAUGUGUACAUGUUUGUAAGAACUGCAGUUUCACACCAACAAAUUCAUUCUGUUUUAUUUCAUAUUUGUGCUUAAUGUUUGUCUGUCUGUGGGAAUGUUUUACAUAACUGUAAACUAAGUUUCUACAUUGACUGCCAAAAUAUCAAUAAAAUUAAACAGGGAA